CCCGCCGCCACCGCCGCAGGACCGACCGUCUGUCCGUCCGUCCGUCCGUCCGUCCGUCGGUCGCCCCGAUGGCCCUGAGACGCGCCGUUCCCGCGCUGCGCGCCGCCUCCGCCCUCGGCCCCCGCCCGGCCCUCCUGUCCACGGCCGCCCCCGCCCCCCGCCAGCAGACGCCCGCGCCGCCCGGCGGGACCCCCGGGGACGCCCCCCGCCUCGACCCCCCGCCGCCCGUGGACUUCCACAACCCGCGCGAGGCCUACCGCAGCCGCACCACCGCCCAGCUGGCCCGGAGCCUGCUCGUCCUGCGACUCUGCGCCCUCGACCGGCUCGUGGACCGCAACGAGCAGCUGAUGCGCCUGUGCCGGAGGAUCCUGGGACAGACGCUGUUCGAGCGGCUAAUGAAGCUGACGUUCUACGGGCAGUUCGUGGCCGGGGAGGACCAGGCGUCUAUCCUGCCGCUCAUCCAGCACAACCUCUCCUUUGGCGUCGGCUCCGUCCUGGACUUUGGCGUGGAGGAUGAUCUGAGCCACGAGCAGGCUGAGAGGCAAGAAAUGGACUCCUGUACCGCCGAAGCCGAGAAGGAUGGCAGCGGAUCAUCCCAGAGGGAGAAGCAGUACCAGCCCCACCGGGCCUUCGGGGACCGCCGCGAUGGCGUCAUCAGCGCCCGCACCUACUUCUACGCCAAUGAGGCCAAGUGUGACCAGCACAUGGAAACCUUCCUGCAGUGCAUCGAGACAGCUGGUCACUGCUCAGAAAACGGCUUCUCUGCCAUUAAGCUGACUGCUCUGGGGAGACCCCAGUUUCUGUUGCAGUUCUCUGAGGUGCUGAUGAGGUGGAGAAAGUUCUUCCAGCAGAUUGCAGUUGCGCAGGGCCAGGGCGGACUGACGGCCAUGGACACCAGGCUGGACCUGAAGAAACUGCAGGAAAUGCUGGCCGAGAUGGGCGUCGCGACCAAAGCUGAGAGCCAGCACUGGUUCACCGGAGAGCAGCUGGGGGUGUCAGGCACAGUGGACCUGCUAGACUGGAACAGCCUGAUUGACAGCAGAACCAAGAUCUCCAAACUGCUGCUGGUCCCAAAUGAGCAGACGGGGCAGCUGGAGCCCCUUCUGUCCCGCUUCACCGAGGAGGAGGACCUGCAGAUGAAGAGGCUGCUGCAGCGCGUGAACACCCUGGCUGAGAAAGCCCAAGAGGUGGGUGUCCGGCUGAUGGUAGACGCCGAGCAGACGUAUUUCCAGCCGGCCAUCAGCCGCCUGACGCGAGAAAUGCAGCGCAAGUUCAACACGGAGAAGCCAGUCAUCUUCAACACCUUCCAGUGCUACCUCAAGGAUGCCUACGACAACGUCUCCCUGGAUGUGGAGCUGGCCCGCCGAGAGGGCUGGUUCUUUGGAGCCAAGCUGGUGCGGGGAGCCUACAUGGAGCAGGAGCGCACCCGGGCGGCCCAGGUGGGCUACGAGGACCCCAUCAACCCCAACUAUGAGGCUACCAAUGCCAUGUACCACAGGUGCCUGGACUUUGUCCUGGAGGAGAUCAAGCACAACCGGAAGGCCAACGUGAUGGUGGCAUCACACAAUGAGGACACCGUGCGUUUUGCACUGCAAAGGAUGGAGAAGCUCGGGCUGCACCCCUCGGAACACAAGGUCUAUUUCGGACAGCUGCUGGGCAUGUGUGACCAGAUCAGCUUCCCACUGGGCCAAGCCGGCUUCCCGGUUUACAAGUACGUUCCAUACGGCCCCGUGAACGAGGUGCUGCCUUACCUGUCCCGGCGCGCGCUGGAGAACCGUGGCAUCAUGAAGGGGGCCCAGCUGGAACGCCACCUGCUCUGGAAGGAGCUCAAGAGACGCCUGCUGGCCGGAGAACUCUUCUACCGCCCUGUCCCCUGAGCGUUCCCCACCGCUGGGACAGGGGGCACGGGGACACCGGGAUCCCACAGCUCCCCAAACUAAAUCUUCCCUGAAAGUGGUGGUCCCGUCCUUGGCUCUGCCCUCCUCACAUCACUGUUCAGCAGGGCGGCCGCCCCGGCCUAGCCAAGCCUGCUACCAUAGCCUGGACCAGUACCGCCCUCCCCUCCCAGGGACCGAGGCUGCCCUGGUCCCAGCCCCUGGCCCCUGCCCAUCACCUGGGCCCCCUGCACUCCCUCCCCUGAUAUCUGGUCCGUGAGGGCCAAGUGCCCUUGUAUUAGCCCCUUGCGCUCCAUCCCCGAUCUUUGGACCCUGGGGGCUGAGGCUGUCCCGGUCCUAGUCUCCAGCCCCUAGCAGCCUCACCCUUUACCCAUCACCCAGCCCUCCUGUGCCCCCUCCCCUAAUCCGGGGGCCCAGGAAGAGCUAACCCUAGCCCCCAGCCCCCGCCCCUCACAAGUUCCCUAGACCAGGACCCAGACUCAGGCAGUGUUUCAGGCCUGGGGGUGCCAGGCCACAAAGCUUAAUUUCUGCAUCUUGUCUCCUCCUCCUCUCCUCCUUCCCUUCUUCCUCCUCCUUUUCUUCUUCCUUCUCCAACUCCUCCUCCUCCUCCUACCCUAACCCCAAGGGACCGCUACCCAGGGGACUGGCAAAAGCCCGUUCGUGCCGGCUUCGGGCAGACGGGUCACAGGAUGGGCUCAGCCUACCCCAGCCUCUCCACCCCCGACCAAGGACAGGCCUGGUUCUGACCUCGAGGUGGGGGGCCGCGAUGGGUUGGGGGAGGGGUCCAGUUCCCAGGGCUGGCCUUUGGGAAGAACUGGCAUGAGCAGGCGAGCGGGGACAGGAGUGAAAGUGCCUGCCCCCUCCUCCCACUGCUGUUGAGACCCCGAUCAGCCCUGCGCCUCUGCCUUGCGCUUCUGCCCUGCCACUACUUCGGUGCCUUGGUCCUCCCUGUCAGGGAAAUAGGGGGAUUGGGCCUCCACCUACCACAGGGACAUGAUGGGGAGGGAGGAAAAGAACUGGUCCUGGGGUAGCUACAUCCAGGAGACCCAAUAAAGAGUUGGCGCACCAGAA